AGCAAAGCCGGUGGCGGUGAUGAUCGGCACAGCCACCAUGACGAGGCCGCUGCCGCUCCACACGUACUUCAUCAGGAACUGUUCGAUCAUGAUGUACCACAGACGCUUGGACAGGAUCAGGUUCAUCUGCUCAGCCAGAGCUCGGUAGCACUUCUGCAGCUGUCGCAUCUCCACCUGCAGCAGACCGAGGAGACAAAAGCAACAUGAAGUCGGAGAACAUGUUUAAUAUCGAGUUGUUGCUGAACAACAUAUCAGCAGCGUUGUUUAGUCAAGUCUUGUAUUCCUCUCUGCUUCAACAAUACUCACCAGAGGAGAUGUGACCGGUCAACUUUGAUCCGUCUAGUGAAGUCAUUUGCCACUCAUGUACUAUCAAGUGACAAUAUUUGCAAACGGAUCUAUCUAUCUUCCUAUAACUGAUCAUGAGCCCAUCCAUCCCAACAUACCUUGUGACCCCGGUAGAAAGCGAUUUCUUCAGCAUUAGCAAUGAUCCUGGAGUGGACGUAUCUCAGGUAGCCCUUCCUGUGAGCCUCCUCCGCCACAAGCUUGCCGAACUUUGGGGAACACGCUCGAAGCACCUUGGCGGUGGCAAAAACCACCAGUCCGGCGAGGAGAGUGGGUCCGCUGGCGCUCGCCCCGCGGGAGCGGGCGGUCUGGAUGAGGGUGUAGGAGGUCAGCAUCACAUCCAAAAUGGGCUUUGUGAGAUUCGAGUACAGAUGCGCCACCGACUGGGAGAACAUCAUCACGUCCUCUGUGAGAGACUGGUCCGGGUUGGCGAGCCUCCCGUCCAUAUUGCUGACUUUAUAGUAGGUCUGGUCAGUGAAGUAGGUCCGGUACGCGUGGUUGACCAGCCGGGUGCGGAAGGCCAGGGCCAGCUUGCACUCCAGGUACCGGAUGGCGCUGUUGACAAAUGUGGCCGGGAUGGCGAUGAGGAGCCAUCGGAUGAGCUGGAGGAUAAAUUUCCGCGGCUCCUUCUCCACAAUGGUCUUCACGAUCUUGCCGUCCAAACUCGCCACAUAGAUGGACAGAAAGGUCCUGGAGAUGAGCGCCACCGAGUGCAGUGACAGCAAGCCGAGCUCUCUGGACACCAGCCGGGGGAACAGGAUUUGACCAAGUUCCAGGAUCUGCCGGAAGAAUUCCGCAUUCACGCCGGGUGAUGUCUUGAGCUGCCCUGCGUGACUGAGCAGAGACUUGGCGGAUCCAUUCUCAUCUCCCCGGUGAUUCUUGCGGAGCUGCUUGCAGAGAACGGGGUACAGCCUUUUGACGCCGUACGCAGCCGCGGCGAGGAGCACGGCUCGCUUGGCCGCAGCCGCGCGGUCCCACUUCACUUUGGACGCCGCAUCCAGGAUGUUGGACAUCUUUUUCUAAGGCUAUUCGUCUUUAGCGACGACGAGCGCAACACCCAUCCCCCACAGUCUUCCUCACACCAAGGAAAGAGACGGCAUUCGUCCGGACCAGAUCCUCGGAUGCAAACCAUUCAAGUACCGCUACAUCCUGCUCCCGUUAGCACCGCGAACAAGUGCAGGAUGCUAGCGAACGAUAUCCGGUGUACUACAAAACAAAAGCGCGCUAAACAACUCACGACGACUACUUAAGAUCAAAGACCAAGUCGUUUUAAAUCAUUUUGCUACAUUCUUGUUAUAUUUUUAUAAACUGAAGGAUAAAUUGAAGGUUAAAAUUUUACAUUUAAGGAAUUAUUUAAAACAAAACGGAACGUCGCGCUUCCACCGUCUUUCUUUACAUGUCGACUUGUUGUCAAUGCGAACUCAUAAAAGUUGACCGUCGUAAUGUAAGAUUUUAUUUUUUUAAACCUCAUCAGAGGGAUUCACUUUGACACUACUUCCGACCAAAACAUACUUUGUCGUUCGACACCUGCGCUUGACUUGUCAGUACGGAGUAUUUUAGUUUUCAUUUAUUGGAACGUUUUUAUUCGACCAAUCCCUAUUUAUGUCCUUCUUAUCAUCCGUAUUAUCCGCCAUCUGUCAUUUGACGGUAGGCGCAACUGCACUUCCACAGGCUCAGGCAUAAAUACAUUUAAUUUAAUUCAAUUUUCAACCCAAAUGUCAUUCUGUGUUCGCUGUAAAUAUUAAUUGCAGAACUCACCGUCAAAAUCUAUUUUCAACAUUUUCUGGGUAACAGCAAAAAUGAACUGGGUCGGAGGUUCAAGGUAGGUUUCAUGAAUUCUUUCCUAUUUUUACGAUAUUAGCUUAGCAUUAGCCUGAAUCUAAAGUGUUGAACUUGGUGUCCUGUGUUUCAGGAAGAGGUUGAUGAUGAAAGAUGACGCCAAAAGACAAAGAGUUGGUCAAAUUAAAAAGCAAAACAGUUCAGAUUUAAAUAUAUUAUAUAUUGACAGCUGACUGUGUCUCUCAGGAGUUUUUUGAAAGGACGAAAAUGCAGCAAAGGUUGAAAAAAAUGGGUCUCCCCCCGGUUCCAAGCUCUCCAAAAGAUUGCAUCGAAGAAAGAAAAUAAAGAACCUCCAAAAGUGGCACUUUUCAGCGGCGGUAAAGGCUCAAAGAAGAAGCAAAAGCAGCCGCUGGUUCUCCCGAUGAGCCCUGGAUCUCCUUCAAAGCUCAGCCUGAUGGAUGCCCAGUCUUGCAGUUUUCCUGGACCACCACAGAAGUAUGUGAUUCCACAACGUUUUAAGUAUCAGCAGCUCUCACCAGUUUUAGAGUCAGCCUUCUCUGACAUCAGCGCUUCAGAUUAUCAACGAUCCAGCCCUUUCUCUUCCAAGUCAUCUGCUUCUUCAGGAAGAGUGUCUCUCCAGUUGAAUCUCCUGCAGAGGAGUCAACAGUCCCCCCUCUGCCAGCCCUCACCCUGGGGAACAUCUGUACUGGAACGGACUGAAUUCCCGCCCUUAUCUGAGCCGAGGGGAACGUGUGCUGAAGCUUCUUGGAAGACAAGCUUUACCCUCGUCCCGCAACAUUCACCCUCAGCAGACCUGUUACCAUGCAGCGUGGCGCAGGAACGUCCGGGAGAGGCAGACUUCGCCCUGCACCAAACCUUGUUCCAGGAGCCAACUCUUGAAUUCAUCACUGGCCAGGAGGCAGAUAAUGAGAAUCUGUUUGUGGAGGACGUCUCUAGCUGCUUUAGUGGUGGAGACUACGGUGCUCCAGGAGCAGCAUCUGAUUUCUCGACCGUGAUCAACACUCAUACACCACAAAUGUAUUUUGGAGCAUCCGACAGAACCGUUCCUGUAACAAUGAGCAGAGAAGAGCUCACUGACAGCACUAACCAAAACUGUGCAGUGGUCUGCAGUGGUCAGACCAGGACUUGCUGCCACCUAUCACCUGUUUGCAGUCACAGAGGUGGCUACUCCAGUUCCAGUGAUGAGGAGGUGCACUGUCAACCUGCUCACCAAAGGUGUUGCAACCAAAACCUUCAUUCGCCUGGAAACCAAAGAUCCCCCUCUCUGAAUUCUAUCACUCCCCAAAAGUUCACUCAGAGUUAUCCCGAGAAUGUUCCUCUCUGGACUCAUUCUGUUCUUUCACGAACCUGCUCUGAGUGCAGAAGAACAACCAACCCACUGCAGGAUUCUGGAACUCAAACGGAUGCUACUGUUGAGAAGAGUGAUGCAGAGACACAGUAUGAUCUCCAGACAAACCUGUCCGUCAUGGGUCCACAACCUCCCGAUGUUUUAAUACCAGUAGCAGCCACCGGGGGGCAGGCUGGCUCUACACAAAACGACGGAAGUGAAGCGACUGGCAUACAGUCUGGCAUAUUUCCUCAGAAUACGAGCAGUAGAUCCAUUCUGCAGGGAUACGUCAGCUACUUAGAAGAUCGUGCCAGAGAUCAGCAGCCUGGACUUGCCCGACCGCUAAAUGAUGACCAUGUGAAGGUGGAUCGAACAAAUGCCAGCAGAUCCCACCGACUCACAGAGGACAGCGAAACACUGCAGGACAUUGCCAACAUCUUACUCAUGCUGAAGCAGAAGAUGAAGGAAGAGUGACACAAAAAUAAGAGACAAAAUCUCUGUAGUUGUAAUGUAUCUGAAUACAAACGUUUUGCAGAAUAUGAGGGGACAAUGGUGAAAUAAAACCUCAACACGUUCCUCUAAUACCGA